AUGAGUGGCAAUAUAGAGAACAAGGUUGUAAUAAGGGAAUACAAUGAAGACAGAGAUAUUAAAGUGGUGGGGAAGCUUGAGAGGAAGUGUGAGAUAGGGUCUAAUAAGGAAGUCUCCAUUUUCACCAACAUGAUGGGCGACCCUUUAUCUAGGAUUAGGUUCUACCCUGUUCAUGUUAUGCUGGUUGCCGAGCUGCGUGAAAAUAGGGAACUUGUCGGUGUUGUUAAAGGAUGCAUCAAAUGUGUGGGGACUAGAUUUGGAAGAUCGUAUGUGAGGUUGGGCUGCAUCCUAGGCCUUCGAGUUUCUCCUAGACAUCGGCGAAUGGGGAUCGGGUUAAAACUUGUCAAGUCAGUUGAAGAAUGGCUGAUAGGAAAUGGAGCACACUAUACUUUCCUAGCAACUGAAAAGAGCAACGCGGCCUCAACGAAUCUCUUCACUUCCAAGUGCAAUUACAUCAACUUUAGCUCAUUAGUCAUAUUUGCUCAACCAGCUAGUCUUCCUGUAAAAGGUCUGUCCAAUGACAUAAAGAUAGAGAAGCUACAAAUAGACCAAGCCAUUUAUUUGUACAACAAUAAGUUCAAAAGCAAGGACAUAUAUCCAACCGACGUUGAUGCCAUCUUGAAGGAAAAACUGAGCAUUGGUACAUGGGUAUCUUAUUUCAAAGAAGAGGAAUGGAUUAGUUUGCACAGCAAUGAAAGGAAUGAAGACAUCAUCAGUAAAACUCCAAGUUCUUGGGCUAUCUUUAGCGUAUGGAAUUCUUGUGAGGCAUACAAGCUUCAUAUAAGAAAGUCUCACCAUCCAUUCAAGUUUUUUCAUGCAACUUUAAGCCAUGCAAGAGAUAAGAUUUUCCCUUGCCUUAAAUUGCCAAUCUGUCCCUCACCACAGAAACCAUUUGGAUUCCUCUUUCUCUACGGCCUUUAUGGAGAGGGAGACAGGCUCCAAGAUCUCAUGAAAUCUGUAUGGAGCUUUGCAUCAAGUUUGGCUGAAAAUGUGAAGGACUGCAAAGUUAUUAUUAGCGAGCUAGGGGUCUCCGAUCCUCUAAUAGAGCAUGUACCCCAAGAGCCCUCCAUGUCUUUCAUUGAUGAUCUUUGGUACUUGAAGAAAGUGAAUGGCAUCACUGAUGACAGCGAGGAAUCGAAGGUCAUGGGGCAAGUAAUAGGGAGUGUAUUUGUUGAUCCAAGAGAUUUUUAG